UUUUUUUGUUUUUUUCUUCGAGCUCUAGGGGUAUUUCGUACCGCGGUACGGGUUUUUUUUAUUUUUUUUUCGUUUUUAUGUGUUUAUAUGUGUUUUUUAUCCCCUUUAUGCGCGCGCGGCGUAAAAUUUAAAAAAAUAAAGUUAAUUUUGAUUAAAAAAGUUAAUUCCCUCAAAUUCCAGCAUACUCAUCGUGGCCUGCUGAUGUUGGUGGUGGUGUGUGUUCUUCAUGCACUUCUGGAUGGUGGCCUUCAACAUGCUCUUCAACAAGUGGUGGUCUUCAACAUGCUCUUCUGGAUGGUGGCCUUCAACAUGCUCUUCUGGAUGGUGGCCUUCAACAUGCUCUUCUGGAUGGUGGUCUUCGACAUGCUCUUCUGGAUGGUGGUCUUCAAUAUGCUCUUCUGGAUGGUGGUUCAACUUCAAUGGAUGUUUGGAGACGUCUGCCGACUCAACACAAUGGACGUCAACAUGGAUGGACUGGUCAAUAUGCUUUAUGGUGGAAGGCGGUGUGGUCGUUUUUUUAACAAAAAAUAA